GCAGCAGUCGAGUGCCAGCUUGGGCGCAUAGCGGGCGUCAUUUACAAACCACGCGACUUCGACACCGAAAUUCGGACUCGGACUCGGUUUCGGUCUCAGUUUCGUUUUCUUGGCAAUAUUACUGUUGUUGUUGUUGUUGCUGCUGUUUGUGUUAUUGUUGUUGGGGGGCAUGGCUGGCGGGGGCAAAGUCUCUUGUGCACGCAGAUAAAUAAUCCGAUCGAUGCGGCGUGUUUCGAAAUUAGUUUCGACUUUUGCAAGCGAUCGAAAAAUUGUGUCCAACAACUAAAUAACAGACUUAAAAACUAACAAGUGUUUUACAUGUUGGCCGCCAAUCGCGAUCAUUUGUGCCAUAAUUCUGGACUUAAUUGAGGGGUGUGCGUGAGAUAAGCUCCUAAAUGAAAACAAUGACAAUCCCAUGAAGUGGCGAUCGCUUCCAGUUUUAAUUGUAAAUAAGGUAAAAAUUAGUGCUCUUUGUUUAUUUGUCGCAUUAGUAGCUUGAUACGCAAGUGUAUAUUUAUUGGCUGAAUAUAGCCUCAUCGAAGUCCAAUCGAAUCGGUGCCAAGGCAAAGGAGCCCAUUGCAUAAGCGAAACAAGUGCCGCGCUUAACCUCGAAAACUGAACAGCGUAAACGCUCUGCCCGAUUCACAAAGCGGGGAUUGACAAAAAUAAAAAAAGAAAGAAAAAAGUGUAUGAAAAGGCUCAUCAGCAGGCAGCAGCGCCCCUAUGAACCGAAAUCUUCUGUAAUUCGCUCAAUUGGAUGCCAGCGGCGACGCUGACGCAGCGUGUAUCCAAGAGAUACAUUUGAAUCUUUUGAUAUUUUUUGCGCAACUUCGAACGUGUUACCACAAGAAUGGCUAACUGGAAAUUUAGCCUAAUCACGCUGUUCGCGUUAUGCGGACUCAUCAGCCUGGCCAGUGCCUAUAAGGUGGGCGUGGGACGUGCUGACAUAACCGGGCCGCCAGUGGAAAUUAAUUUCAUGGGCUAUGCAAACAUCAAGCAGGUGGGCCGUGGUCUGCACACGCGCACCUUUGCACGCGCCUUCGUCGUGGAGGAUGAGAAGGGCAACCGCGUGGCGUUCAUCAGCGCCGACUGCGGCAUGAUGGGCUAUGGCCUCAAGCGGGAGGUGGUUAAGCGUCUGCAGGCGCGCUAUGGCAACAUAUACAACACUGAGAAUGUGGCCAUAAGUGGCACCCACACGCAUGGAGCACCUGGCGGCUUCUUGAUGCACUUGCUCUAUGAUAUUUCCAUUCUGGGCUUUGUGCCGCAAACCUUUGAGGUGAUGGCUCAAGGACUCUACUUGAGCAUCAAACGCGCCACGGAUAACUUGGUAGAUGGUCGCAUCUAUUUCUCGAAGACUGUGCUGCUCAAUGUGAACAUCAAUCGCUCGCCGACAUCGUAUCUGCGCAAUCCGGAGGAGGAGCGUGCCCAGUAUGAGCACGAUGUGGACAAGACGCUGGCGCAGCUGCGCUUUGUGGACAAGGAGAACAAUCUGCUGGGCGCCUUCAACUGGUAUGCCGUGCACGCCACCUCGAUGAACAACACCAAUAAGCUGGUGACCAGCGACAAUAUGGGCUACGCUGCGCUGCUGCUGGAGAAGGAGUACAAUCCCAAUAAAAUGCCCGGCAAGGGCAAAUUUGUGGGCGCCUUCUGCUCCUCCAAUUUGGGCGAUGUUUCGCCCAACAUCAUGGGUCCCAAGUGUUCCAUUUCGGGCAACCAGUGUGAUAUACUCACCUCCCACUGUCCCAGCGGUGAGGGUGAAUGCUUUGCCUCCGGCCCUGGCCGCGACAUGUUUGAGAGCACACAGAUCAUUGGCCAGCGCUUGGCGGAGGGCGCUCUCGGCCUGCUGAACGAGCACAGCCAGGAGACGAAGGCACGCGAGGUAACUGGAGAUGUGCGCUUCAUUCAUCAGUUUGUCGACAUGCCCAACUACAAUGGCAGCACCUACAAUCCGCUCACACGCAAGCUGGACAAGAUCAGGGGCUGCCAGCCUGCUAUGGGCUACAGCUUUGCCGCAGGCACCACCGAUGGACCUGGCGCCUUCAGCUUUGAGCAGGGCACCACCACCGACAAUCCCAUGUGGAACUUUGUGCGCGACUUUAUAGUGCCGCCCACCCAGGAGGAUAUCAAGUGCCACGAGCCCAAGCCCAUUUUGCUGGCUACGGGUCGAGCAACUUUCCCUUACGAGUGGCAGCCAAAAAUUGUGUCCAAUCAAAUCCUAAAGAUCGGAGAUGUUAUCAUUGCGGCUGUUCCAUGUGAAUUCACCACCAUGGCCGGACGCCGGCUGCGCAAUCAGAUUCGAGCCGCUGCCUCGGCUGCAGGUGGCAUCGACACGGAGGUAAUCAUAGCCGGCCUGACGAACAUCUAUUCCAGCUACACGGUUACCCCGGAGGAGUAUCAAGCGCAGCGCUAUGAGGCAGCUUCCACAAUUUUUGGCCCGCAUACGCACACCAUUUACAUGGACAUCUUCGAGCACCUGACCAAGGCGCUGAUGCGCAACGAGACAGUCGACGCUGGGCCCAGUCCGCCAUACAUGAACGAUGUGAUGCUGUCCCUGAAUACAGGCGUGCUCUUCGACGGUCAUCCCAUUGGCACGGACUUUGGCUAUGUGAAGACCCAGCCGAAUAAGCAAUAUGGCAUUAAUGACACCGUCAGAGUCACCUACAUCUCGGGCAAUCCUCGCAACAAUCUCUUCACAGAGAAGACCUACUUUACAGUGGAGCGCAAGAUCACCGAGGAUCGCUGGAAGAUCGCCUACACGGAUGCCAGCUGGGAAACAAAAAUGAUCUGGCAUCGUACUAACACAAUUCUGGGCUUUAGCGAGCUGGAGAUUUAUUGGAACAUCAGUCCCCAGACGCUGCCCGGGGAGUAUCGCAUACGUCAUUCCGGUGAAUAUAAAUAUAUACUCGGUGGCAAGUAUCCAUAUGAGGGUCUGACGCACUCCUUUACUGUCACUGAGGAUUAGUGUUUCCGUUGAUCAACCAAAACUAAUCCACGUAUUUAUUUACCAUGAUGAGGAAAAGCUUUAUUUUUAAAACACAAAUAAAAUGAAUGCCAAAUUUGUUAGAGCUUAAAUAAAAACUAUU